AUGUCAAGGAGAAAAAAUAAAGCACAUGGAGUAUCUAUAUCAGAAGAGUUUCUGCGAUUAGAUCCAGAAAUUGAAGAUGAAAUCUUAGAAGCAUAUAGUUCCAUAACCCUGGAAAGUCAAGAUUUUUUCCUACAUCAGUUACCUGAGUUUUUACAUCAAUUGCAAAUACCGGCAUGCUUUACCGAUGAUAUAACGCAAUGUGUCAAUUACUACUAUGAGCAUAUGCAUAAUGAUAAUGGCGACUUCAAAUUAAAUGAAUCAAAUUACAAACAUGCUAUAACUUUUCAGAUGAUUCUAGCAUACACAAUCACUGGCUCUGCAAAUGAAAAACAUGAAGUAACUAUUAUCGACAUAGUAGAUAUUGAUAAGCUUAUUAGAAACGUCAAUAAGUUAGUCAAAUUCAGAAAUGCAUAUACUCAUAUCUACGGGAGUUGGAAAUUAUUUGUGGAUGCUGCAACGACUUCAACAGAUAGCAGCGAAUCUACCGUUACUAACCACCAAUUAACAUUACCAGAUUUGAAGAAGAUAAAAUCAGUUUUGAACUUGGAUGAAGCGGGUAAUGGAAACGUUUCAUUGGGAGACUCAUUCCUUAUCGACAUGUUGAGCUGUUGCACAACGACUGAAAAUGGAGACAUUCUUAAUUAUGAUUACAACAAGCCAAAGAAAGGUUCGUAUAUAACUAUCAAAGAUUUUGCUGAAAUUCUUGGAAACUUGGGUGAGUUGGACUAA